UGAUGUGUGCCGAUACAGAAAAGUAGAAGAGGAAAAUGAAAAGUUUGGAUCGCAAAUGAAGAGUGAUUUUGCAGAGCGGGGUAAGAGUAUCGAGGACAAUCUAGCGGCUCACGCAAAAGAGAUCGGACAAUUUUUCUUGUCGGCAAAGGAUGAAGUAGAAAGUCAUAUAGCCGCACAAAUUAAAAGUAUCAAGGAAUUGGUUCCUUCUAUGUUGAAAGAUCUAAUUAUUCAUCAUUUGAGUAUGACCGAACAAUUGACGGAGGAUACAGCAACUACGUACGAGCGCUAUAACAGUUUAGCAGAUAAGAACAUCCAAGAUACGUCGGCUAUAAUUGAGUACGAGAAAAAUUUGUUAACCGCCAUUUGCUCGAGACUGGCGCCAGAUAUUCACAAUCUCUUAAAGGGCAACGGAAGUGUCGCUGAGAACUUACAGACUUUAAAUAACGAUAUUUCUCGGAAAUUGGAGGAUGUGUCGGCAUAUGCGAGAGACGUUGUGGAAGCCGCUUGUAAAUAUCGUCUCAAGGAGUGCAACAGCUUCCGUGAAAAUUUAAGCGAAAUUAACGAACAUAUUAACUGUAUGUUUCUAAACCAAAAACAGAUAGUCAAGGAUUACAAAGUGUUUGGAAAGAAAAUGGUGGAUCUCUCGCACGAUUUUAUGCACUUGGACAAAUGUGAGAAAAAUUAUGCCGAAAAUAUUAACAGGUCGCAUCACAUUGAUAAAAUUUGUAGCAACAUAUGCGAUCAAGCUGCGCAUAAUUGUAACGCGGAUAUAAAUGCACGGAAUAACUUGGAGAAAUUUGUACAGACCAACGUAUCUCAAAUUAGGAGCAACAUCGACAACAGUUUGAAGGAGGCCGAGACAUCUGAUAAAGCUAUUAUGGAAAGAGGAACUGCACUAAUCAAUAACUUGGAGCAAAACUUAAGUACCGGUAGCGCCACAUUGAAGCAGUACAGCAGUAAUGUAAAAUCCAACGUGCAGCAAUUGCAAAAGGAAAUAAUCGAGGAUAAAAACAGAACAAUUGCCACAACUGACAUGAUCUUCAAGACGGUGGAAGAUGUGAAUUUCGCUCACAGUGAAUUUAUGACGAAGCAACACACCAAGAUUUCAGAUUUCACCACGGUAAUAGGCAAUAAAUUAAUGGUACAGGACACAGAAUUAAUCAAUUGGAGUAAUAAGAUGGUUAAAGAUUUGCGUACAUCGCAACAGCAGAUCGACGAAUUAUUCACCAAAAACCAAUGCCUCGACGUUGAAACAGGCUCGACCCCAUCGAGAAAAGAAUUUUCAUACCCUCGUGAACUUGCAACGACAUUGCCGCAUGACCAACUUAUUCAGAAAUUUCGAGAAUGCAAAAAAAGCAUAGAAGAAGCGGAUGAUUCUGAUUCAAUAUUAACGAAGAAAUCUACGUCAGAGAGAGAAAAGCCGUUAUCUGUGUCAGAUAUACCAAUAAGUAACAAAAUCACACCGUACAAGAAGAACAAGUACUCCUUACCGCUCUCUACGUCCACACCGCAUAUCAAUUCGAACAUUAAGCAAUCAAGUACGAAAGAUAUUUUUGAUUCUUUCAAGAAAUCCGUAUUGGAUUUCUCCAGAAUCUCGAUAUCUUCUCCUCAGUCUGAAACAGAAAUUUACACGGAGGAUAAUAAGGAGAAUGUCAAGUCUGCAAAAUCAAGGAAACUAAAACUCAAGAAAUCAUUCAUCGGGAGAAGAAUAAAGCGCUAGCAACUUGCUGACUUGAAGAAUGUAAUUAAAUUUGUUGAUAUAUACUGCGAAUUUUAUCGUAAUUUUAUAUAUAAUCAAGCACUAAUUCUUGUACAAGAAAUUCCUUGUUUGUAAAUUUUUAUAUAAUUAUGUAGAUAUAUCCACCUAGAGAAGUGUGCAGAACUGUAUAUAGCUUUCUUAAAUUUACAUAUAUUAAAUGUUUUAAAUUUACAUAUAUAUUCAAUGUGCUUUUAAUAUAAACGACGGGACGCACAUGAGUUGUUCGACGCGAUUUAGCAGUGAAACAAGUUGUUAACAAGCUUGUUGAGUGUUUGUGUGAAUUAAUUGUAUCACCGAGAGCUUCAUUUCAGAAUACUGUAUUUCUAUACAAUUGUUUUAAUCUUCAGUAUAAAGUUUCUCAUGUAAGGACAAAGUGGUGUGCACACAAUCGCUGGAAAAUAAAAGAAAACUUUUCGUUUACGAUGGCUUAUGAAGUACGUAUUUAGUGCGCUUAAUUACUAAGUUUGAUAUCGAGAUGUACAAUCCACUAACACUUGGA